AUGAGCGCCGCUCUUGCGGCCUUCACUGUCGUUCUCGCCUUUUCCAGCUUACCCCAGGGCGACGCCAAGUUUGCUAGGAGCCUCAAGCUGAACAGGACUCGGACGGCUCCAGCUGUGACCUUCCUACCAGGAGGAUUUGCGCCUCUCAAUAGAUCCGAAUAUGAGAACCCCCAAGUGCAGCAGAUUGUCAACUUCACGCUGGACGCCAUUGCACUGAAGACGAACCAUACUGGCUUCAAUCACACUGGCCACGACCUCAGGUUUCACAUUCUCUUCAUCAAGACACAAGUCGUAGCUGGAAUCAACUACGUGCUCCGAUUGACAGUAGCAGCAAGGCACUUCAAGCGCGCCUACGAGGCAGAGGUCUUCAAGGCAAGUCACGCCCCUUUUAUUAUCCCGUUCCAAAGCAACUAG